AGCUGAUAUGAUAAACGAAUAAUACUGUAUAAAAGGAGCCAUGAUUUCUGUACUCAUCAUUCAAGUCUACUGGCAGCUUGAAGAGAACCAGCGAAUAACUUGGAAAAGAACUAUUCUUCAAGGCUCGAAAUGAUUGCAGAUUGGAAAGCUUUGUGUUUCAUCGCGAUUUUCUUCACUGGUCAAAGCGUGAACUCACAGGCCUCAGGUAACUGGCAGAAGGCAAAUACUGCUCCAGUGUGUUUUGGCACCAGGGAUACUCAGCCUGGAUCCUUCUACCUGCCAUCUGGCGGCGGACUGGCCGCUAUAAAGUUGGUCCACUUGUACGGUUACGUGUCCUGUGACGUUAGACAUCCCCAACACUGGUCAUUUUGGGGGUGUGGUCAACAUAGCAGUUUAAAACAAGAGGUUGAUGUGGUCAUAACAAAAUCGGACGACAAACAGAUCAUUUUGCCGCCAGCAGAAUUCAUGAAGUACAACCACCAAGGAGGCAAGUGGGCCAGGGUUCCCGGAUAUGACUCAUUCUCCAAAGAGAUCGUGCUAACCCCAUUUGGCAAGCCUUAUCCAGUAGUUGCUGGUCAGCAGCUUCACCUUUGGUACGGUGAGGAUCUGCAAAAUUACACUGAGGGCGACAACGGAGGCAGAGUUUGUUGUGAUGUUUAUGCUCAAUUUCAAGUAUAGCUUUCGUUUUCGUAUUGGCCAUAUUUUUAUUAAGCCAAUUUCAUUAGAUGCAAUAAUCAAUGCGAUGAUCUAAGAGUGAACUCUCUCCUUCAAAACUGUUGUAUUUCCAAGUUUUUUUCUUUCGUUCAUUAGGCCGGUGUAGACAAGCUUACAAGUUUUUUCACACAACUAACCUCCUUUGAAUUUCGCCGUUAGUUGUUGUUACUGUUUUGAUUUUAGAAAAAAAAUAGCAAAUAUUAUGUAAUGUAAUUUCAGGCAGGGAUGACGUAGAACAAAACGAUAAAUUACUGGAUGUACGAUUGGCCUGUAAUUCAUGAGCAAAAUAAAUGGGCAUUAUAACUCA